AAUUCCGCCACGUUACUUUGGGAGGAAUAGCAAAUGUCACUCUACAAAACCAACUCUCCUCUAAAAACAAACUCAAACGUUCACCUCCAUCCUCAGUUCUCUCUCUCUCUCUUUCCCCUCAGAAUUCACCAUGACUCCUCAAGGUCUUCUGGCAUCAGCUGCAAUAAACAUAGGGUUAGCAAUUUCGGUUCUCUGUAUAUUCUCCAUUCUCAAGAAACAACCUACAAAUUCUUUCAUUUACUAUGCUCGUCGUCUCUCUGAACAUCAUCAUCAACAACAGCAACCCCUCUCUUUCGACCGCUUCUCCUCUCGCCGUCUCUUGCCCUCUGUUUCCUGGAUUCCUCGCGCUCUUCGUGUUCCCGAGGAUGAUAUUCUUUGCAAUUUCGGCCUCGAUGCUCUCAUCAUCAUCCGUCUCUUCAAAUUUGGGAGCGGAAGCUAUAAGGAUCAAGAAUACCUCCAGCCAUUGCUAUUGUAUCGUCUCCUUGUGCCGCAAACCCGCGUACCGAAUAUGAUCUUUACUUCUGACUUCCGUAUCAGAUUCUUUGUGUUUUGCUCUGUGGUCGGAUUGCUAAUACUUGUUCCACUCAAUUACUUUUCCGAGUCCUCUCAGUCUAACCAUUCACACUACAUGAACUCAUUUACCAUAUCAAAUAUCAGAGCAGGAUCUAAUAGGCUGUGGGUGCACUUUUCUUGCUUAUGGCUCAUAUCCUUCUAUGGAUUAUACAUGUUGUAUAAGGAAUAUAAAGUAAUUCUGGUUAGACGGAUUCUUUGGCUUCAGAAAUUAAAGGAUCGACCAGAUCAAUUCACUGUUUUAGUUCGGGAAAUUCCGCUUUGCCCUGAACAUAAAAGCUAUGGGUGCAAUGUACAUCACUUCUUCACCAGACAUUAUCCACAAUCUUUUCAGUCACAUCAAAUACUGUAUGAUGGGAGGGAUCUUGAUAUGCUGCAGGAACAGGCAGCCUGGAUACAAAGAAAGAUACAACAAUUACAAGAGAAGUCUAUGAGAAAGAAGUAUAGCAGGAACGCUUCACUUACUGAACCUUUGACAAGAGAUGCCUCAAAAAUUACAUCGCUGGAGGAAAAGCUUCGCAGAAUAUGUGGUAUUAUAUGUGGUAUGCAGCAUGAAACUGUGCUUCAGAAAAUGGAGUUACCUACUGCUUUUGUGACAUUUAAAUCUCGGAUUGGAGCUGCACUUGCUGCACAGUCCCAACAACAUCCACAUCCUUUCUUAUGGAUGACAGAAGAAGCUCCUGAACCUAGAGAUUUGUUAUGGAAGAACUUGUCAACCCCAUCUCGGAGGUUGUUGCUGUACAAAAUUGGGUUCUUUCUUGCUGCAACACUUCUCACAAUUUUCUUCGCCGUCCCAGUAGCAGCUGUUCAAGGAAUAGCAAAAUUUGAAAAGCUGAAGAAGUGGUUCCCUCCGGCCAUGGCUAUACAGUUAAUACCAGGAUUAAGCUCUGUGGUCACAGGAUACCUUCCUAGUGUUAUCCUCAAUGGAUUUAUAUAUAUUGUUCCGUAUUCAAUACUUGGGAUGGCUCAUUUGGCAGGCUAUCCCUCAAGGAGUCAGACAGAGAUAAAGGUCUGCAAUAUGGUCUUUUACUUUCUAGUUGGCAAUGUCUUCUUCUUGAGCUUAUUGUCAGGAUCUCUCCUUGAUGAACUUGGAGCAUCUUUCAGUCAUCCAGGUGAUUUUCCUAGCCACCUGGCGCAUGCUGUUGCGGCUCAGGCUGAUUUCUUCACAACAUACAUCUUGUCAGAUGGUCUGUCUGGUUUCUCACUAGAAAUACUACAAGCAGGUCUGCUGGUUUGGGAUGCGUUUAAGAGACAUACAUUUGGUCGGGGAAAGAAAAGAUCUCCUUAUCUUUAUUCGCUACCUUAUUUCAGGGUUAUCCCUUUUGUCUGUCUCUGCUUACUGAUCGGCAUGGUUUAUGCACUUGUUUCUCCCUUGCUGCUUCCGUUUCUUGUUGGCUACUUAUACUUGGGAUAUGCUGUCUACAUGAAUCAGAUUGAGGAUGUAUAUCCAACUGUUUAUGAGACUUGCGGGCAGUACUGGCCAUAUGUUCAUUCUUACAUCCUUUUCGCCCUCACUCUCAUGCAAAUUACUAUGAUUGGGCUUUUCGGACUGAAGUCAAAGCCAGGGGCGUCAAUUGCUACAUUACCACUUCUCGUGUUCACGUUUCUGUUCAAUGAGUAUUGCAAGCUCCGCUUUCUUCCUUCUUUCAGCCAACAUACAAUCCAGAUUGUCAAGGAGGAAGAUGAGAAUGAUGAGAAAGAAAAUAAUCUAGAUAUCAACUCCCGAAAUGCAGCAGAUGCUUAUCGCCCUCCUUUCUUAAGACCAAUUAGCUUUGUCGAACAAGGAUCAAGCUCUAAUCCGGGACUAGUCUAAUUGUUUUACCUGUUGAUAACAGUGAAUUAAUGAGUCUCUCUUGAACUGCCUGCACAGCUUCAGUGGUAAUCUGUUGUAGCAAACCUUGUAGGAUAUGUGAGACAUAUAAGCAUCUUCGAUAGAAGAAUACAGCAAAAAGUAAGUCACUUGUAGGAAAUAUUCCAUUGUCUCUAAACUAAACCCGAACCGUGUUAAUGUUGGCAGGUUAAUUUUUUUAUUAGUUUUGUGUAGAUGAAUUGUAGAUAUUGUGGGAGAUGAUACAGUUACACUGGGGGUAUCAGGGCCCAGGUACACUGCCAUCUAAUUGGUCCAAGUAAGCAAACAUUAAUUGAGUUUUAGGGGGAAAUGCAAAGGGUUUUAGGGGGAAUUUUUUUGGCAGAAUGCGCCAUUUAGGGUUUGUUAGCGGGAAGAAUACCGCCCUUUACUUCCCCAUAUUGUAUCCCGCCCAAGCACUAAACUAAUAAUACCGAAUGCGCCAUUUAGGGUUUGCUUAAUUGUUCACAUUUUAAUUUUUUAAGCAUAAAGUUCACGCAUUAACUGGUAAUUAAUGGAAGAAAGAUUUCUAAAUUUUAAAUUUGUCUUGAUUUUUCAGAUUUAACAUUUUUGUAAUACUUUUUAAAUUAUUGAUUAAUUCUCCAGAUUUUUAAAUCCAUUUUUUUUGUUAACACCUGGUUUUCGAUGAUUUACUGGAUCAAUUAUUUCUAAAAUGUAAGUUGGUCUUACUUUUUAGGAAUUAUUUAUUUAGGAGUUAUGCUUCAUUUUCCAGAUUUUAAUUUUUAGGUCUAAACUUGACGCAUUAAUUGGUAAUUACUGGAAGAAAUAUUUUCUGAAUUAUGAAAUUGUCUUAAUGAUUCAGAUUAACAUUUAUUGAAAUUUAUAGGAACUUUAAUUUUAUUAAUUUUUAAAGUUUUGAUUAGCUGUCCAGAUUUUAAAAUCAAAUUUUACACUUGGCUUUGGAAAAAUUACUAGAACAAUGAUUUAUAAACUACAACUUAGUCUUACUAUUUCGGAAUUUGUUUUCAUGUAAUUAUUUUUUUGUUUGUGUAACUCUUGUGUUUUGGAUGAAGGCUCAUGACAUCUUUCACAACGAGCUCAUUUUAGCAUACUACAUUUUCCCGAGGUUAACGGUCCGGGAGGGGGAAAUGGAAGGGCAGUUUGCAUGGAUUGGAAGAGAAUUUACGAUGACGACGAUUUUGGAGAGUCGUUGAGGCGAUUGUUUGCUGAGGAUUAGGGUUUACGGUAAAGGUCUGCUAUGUAAUAUUUUGUUUUACCUUACAUAGUCUAAUCAAUACUUAUUAGUAUUUCCGAGGGGUUUAGAUAAACAUCUUUUGUACGGACUUUUGCACGGUCUCGACUUAUUAGUAUUUCCGAGGGGUUUAGAUAAACAUCUUUUGUACGGACUUUUGCACGGCCUCGACUUAUUAGUAUUUUCGAGGGGUUUAGAUUAACAACUUUUGUACGGACCUUUGUACGGCCUAGACUAAUUAGUAUUUCCGAAGGGCUUAGAUUCACAACUUUUGUACGGUCUUUUGUACGACAUCUACUAAUUAGUAUUUCAGAAGGGUUUAGAUUAACAACUUUGGUACGGCCUCAACUAUUUAGAAAAAUGUACGGUGUUAUUAUGAUAUCAACUAUUUAGAAAAAUGUACGGUAUUAUUAUGUCCAAUUUUUGUACACAA